GUUAAAUCGAUCGGUUUUUAAUUUUUAUCCUAAUCCUUGAUAAACGAUAAGAUUUCUCACAAAAAUGACGGUGACUUACACCAGUGAGGUAACAACCUGUCGGGGUAUUUCCUGUUUUUUGAAACUUUUACUACGAUGGCGAGGGAGCAUCUACAAACUGGUGUGGGUCGACCUGUUCGUGUAUUUACUACUCUAUUACAGCAUUAGUUUGUGUUAUCGCUUUAUUCCCGACCAGUUAUGGCAGCAGUAUUUCGAAAAAGUUAUAAAAUACUGCGAUACUUAUUCAAAUCGAAUACCGCUGAGCUUCGUCUUGGGGUUCUAUGUGAGUCUGGUGAUGACGAGAUGGUGGAGCCAAUAUUGCUCCAUCCCUUUCCCCGACAAUCUGGCAAUUAUUAUAGGGGCCAGCGUGAAGGGACAGAACGAACACGCACGGGUUGUUCGGCGGACGAUGGUGCGCUACGUCUGUGCAACUUUCACAAUCACUCUGACUAUGUUAUCACCAAGGGUGAAAAAACGUUUCCCUACGUUGGAUCACUUCGUGAGCGCCGGCUUGCUCACCAAGGACGAGGUGAAAAUAAUGAACGAUUUGGACAACGAAUUUCCGAGUUAUUCAAAAUAUUGGCUUCCACUGGCUUGGGCCGCCAAUGUGGUGACAAGGGCCCGGCAUGAGGGCCUCAUCCGGGACGACGUUUCCGUCAAAACGAUCCUGGAAGAGUUGAAUUUGUUUCGGAGCAAAUGUGGCGGAAUGUUGGACUAUGACUGGAUUAGCGUCCCACUGGUUUACACCCAAGUGGUCACGCUUGUGGUUUAUUGCUACUUUGUUGUUUGCGCCAUCGGGCGCCAAUACAUCACGUCUGAUGAAACAAACGGGAAUAUUGAUCUUUAUUUUCCGUUUUUCCUGGUUAUUGAAUUUUUUUUCUACAUGGGGUGGUUGAAAGUGGCCGAGGUUUUGAUUAAUCCCUACGGUGAUGACGACGAUGAUUUUGAAGUGGUGUGGAUGGUGGACCGCCACCUUCAAGUGUGCUACUUGCUGGUCGAUAAAAUACACCAAGAGCAUCCGAAAUUGAUGCGGGACGCUCAUUGGGGCGAAACCGCACCGAAUUCGCUGCCUUUUACCAUAGCGUCGAAGAAUUACAUGCAUGAAUAUCCUUUCCCGUCCACGAUGAACGUCAAAGUGAACAGAUCGGCUCAAGAUUUGUUACUGCCAGUCGAAGACAGUAUUUCACAACCUGAUGGGGUGAGACGGAGGUCAGGUCCGUAUUUGUGGCGACUGGGGGGGCUCCAAAUGAAGAAACAAAGUCGCACCAAGAAUUUUCCUUUAACGAAAAUUAUCACUUACGAUGAUGCCAAUAAUCAGGUAAAUGUUUACGAUAGUGAUGUUCAAUCAGACGAGCCUAAAACCACCGAAACGCCUUGUGAAGAGUUCGAAAACUUGAAACGUAACAGAAUUGAAAGCCACAAAAAGAAGAUGUUAGAAAUUAUCCAAAUUUGGAAAGGUACCACAGGAGAAAAACACGUUUCAACGUAAUAAAUUUUAUUAAAUAAUAAACAUACAAUUCGUUUUAAUUUUAAUUUUCCCAAUAAGCUGCGUUAGAAAUGUUUGAUUUUAUACAGUUUGAAUAAAUUCAGUCUCUUUU